AAUCACUGUGGCUAUUAGUGCCAUUGCCAUUCAUCCGGUCCAGUGUGAGAGUCAGAUUGUUUGCGGAAGAAGAUGGGUGUUGGGUAUUUACUGAGGAGGCACACAUUACCUGAUGCAUCGUAGUAUAGGAUCCAAUAAAGUAGUCAUUGAGUUAUUCAAGUUUUAAAAACAACCCCAUAGACACCGUGUUGUGUUGUGUUGGUAUCUCACACCAUUUCAAAAAUGCUAGUGAUGCACAACGAUGAAAUGUUUAUACGGUCAUUUAUGUUUACGUUUCAUCAUUUAAACAACAUAGUUAAAAAAUCCUCAUUGCUGAGUUUUAAAGUUCACGGUCACUACUGCCGUGUUUACUCUGCAUUUCCAUCUAAAGUUAUUGCUUUUAUAGCAGUGAGUCAAAGUGCACGUUGCAGAGCAUUGGGGGAAGUUUUAUCUGUAAGGUUGUUAACACUUGUAAAACCACUCUGUAAUUACAGAAGUUAUCAAGUGCUACUUUGCUUUUUCUGUAUGCCACAUCUGAAUAGAAAAACAAUAUUUAAAACAUGAGUUUAGUUUGAGAGCACUAAACUUAAUAGGGAGGAGCACUGGUUAAACAUGUACCCAUAUAAUCUCCUCUGUUUCUGGGUAAACUGGACUAAAACACCGUCUUGUGUUUUGAUGUAGACUGUAUGGUGUACUUUCUAGAGCUGCAACAUGUUUUUAGUUUAUGAUAAGUCUUUUAAGAUUGUUUUGUCUGUGAAGGGAUUAACAAUUGGUCAGAAAGUGUUCAUAUCCAAAUAGCUUGUCCAACCAACACUAUAAACCACAGAUAUUCAAUAAAUUAUCAUCCAAUAAAGAUAUAAGAAGAAGCUAAAACCAUGAAAGGUUGGUUUAAAGCUUUCGGUUUCAGCUGUUACACUGAAAAACCUGCAGGCUGAAGGUUUGCCACCUGAUGGGUUUCACAUGACUUACUUUGCUUCAUGCAAUUAUUGUCAAUCACAUGGGGUUCAGUGCACAUGAUUAAAGUAAACCCACAUGUCUCUCAUUUCCUGUCACACAGCUAAUGGUUUAGUACAAACGCUAGAUUCUUAUGUGUCAGUCUAGAUGUGGGUUCACGUUUUAGAAGCAUUGUUGGCAACUUUUUAGUGGAUCUCCUUCACCUUUAAUUAGCCAUGAUGCUAUUUAAGGGAAGCUUUCAAGAGGCAAUCCAAAGUGACCCUUUGUCAUUUUCACCUGCACCGAAAACCAUCUGCUUUGCAUAGAAACGAGAAGACUUGUAAUGCCGUGCAUUUUAUCCCUGGCUAUAAAAAGAGCUCAGUGGGCUUGCUAAGGUCCAGCCCAGCUUACUUUUGUUUGAAAAAAAUAUAUAGAUAUACAUUAUAUAGACAGUAAGCCUUAUUUGUAAUUUGGUGCAUACAUAUAUUUGAUAUUGCGACUUCUUGUUAAGUUCAUCUGUAGAAAGGGAAAGACAAACAGAAUGGAGCGGUUUUUCCAAGCCCUUGGACUAAAAACAAAACGCACAAACUGUCUUAUAACUAUCGCAUAAUUCUGGACAAAUCUACUCAACAUUUAGAAUGACGCUCUAUGCAAAACCACAUCUACAAGUGUGUAAACUUGGCCCUCCCCCCUGCACUUUUUCUCGGUCUACUUGCACACAUCACACCCUUCCUGCUCACUCGGAGUCACUGUCUGCUUGAGCUCUGUGUGCAUUGACGGAAGCUAUGGCUGGACCCAGGCCUGUGGUGUUCAGCGGCCCGUCCGGGGCGGGGAAGAGCACUCUGCUGAAAAAGCUCAUGAAAGAAUACGACGGUGUCUUCGGCUUCAGCGUCUCCCAUACUACAAGAAAUCCUAGACCUGGUGAGGAGAAUGGCAAAGGUAAAACAUGUUCCUCCUUUUUUUUCAACCACUGUAACAGUAAAUCACCUUUAAUGUGUCAGUUAAAUAGUAACCUAAUCUGGAUGUGUCCUUCCCUGGUUUCAGAUUACCAUUAUGUCACACGGGAGGUGAUGCAGAAAGCGAUUGACAAUGGCGAAUUCAUUGAGAGUGCCGUGUUUUCGGGGAACAUGUACGGGACGAGUAAAGCUGCCGUACAAGCCGUCCAGGCCAAAAACCUCAUCUGUAUACUUGACAUUGACAUGCAGGGUGUGAGGAACAUCAAAAAUAAAGACCUCAAUCCCCUCUACAUCACCAUCCAGCCGCCAUCCAUGGCAGUCCUGGAAAAACGUUUAAGAGACAGAAAGACGGAAACAGAGGAGAGCCUUCAAAAGCGCUUGCAUGCAGCUCAAGUGGAAAUGGAGUUUGGUAAAGAACCCAAUGUAUUUGAUUUCCUUAUUAUCAAUGAUAAUUUGGACGAAGCCUAUGGGCAGUUAAAAGAAACUCUCCGUGAGGAAAUCAAUACGGUCAAGAAAGUCAGCAUGUCUUCGUAGGAGCAGCUUCCCGACACCUUUUCUGUCCUGUCCAGCCACUCCUUACAAAACCACAGACCUCCAUUCCCGUUGUGAACAUUCCCUCAGAUGGUUUGCUAAGCUAAGACAAAAGUCCUCCCUUAGUGGAUACUGAAAGGUGUAGAUAUUGUGUUUAGAGCAAGUUAUUACCAAAUAAUAAUGUACUAAGAAACCUUUCCAUAUUUUUAUUUUAUGAACAAAAGAUACUCCAAUAAUGUUUAAUAUGAUACUGGCAUGGUUUGAAGGAUGCUCAGAUGGCCUUUGUUUAUACUGCUCGCAGCUUUGCCUCACACCAACAUGAACUCACACAAACAAGGAGAGGCAUAACCCGUUCCACCAUGACAAUAAACUGGUCUUUCAAGGGUGGGAAAGAGUCCUGGUGGAUCUUGAUAAGUGGCAGUAUGUUAUUGUAUGUCUUUUGUGCAAGCAGUCAUUUUGUGGUGAAAGGGUGAAUAGAUUUACAGAGACAGAUAUCUGCACAUGUAGUUCAAGAAGCUCAGCAUUACAACUGAUAUCUGAAGAGAGGUGUUUACGUAAGUCAAUUUUACUAUUGAAAUAAUAAAACUAGUCGAGAACUUUUUUGUUAAAGAUUUUGGGUAAACUGUCACAGGUCUCCAUUUGACAUACUAGUGUAGAUCAUGUUGGGCUGUAUUAGGAAUAUAUGUCGUAAUAAAGGUAAAACGUGUUUACAACAAAGAAACACAUCUAAUGUCACCUUGCAUUGUUUUGUUUGGGUGGGUGUCUACUACAACGGUUUUACUGGUUAUUUUACAAUUGUAUUUUGUACACUUUUAUAUUGUGUAACGUUCAUUUUGCAGUGUCACUGGUUCAGUAAAAUGACAUUAGUUGUACUAAAAAAAAUAAAAAUAAAUCUCAUGGUUUCCCUUCUA